ACUUCUAUUGAGUUUACUGAUUCAUAUACCUGUUCUCAAAGAGUAGCUUAUUACGCAUUGUGAAGCAGAGGCCCUUUUGAAUGCAACAGUAUUGCUUCCAUUACCUCCAGUGUUAGCCAGCGAGAACCUAUUAGCUACAGCUUGUAAAUUCCUGGCUGAGGUCAUUGUUGAUAUGAACGGAGAGGUUUGGAUCAUAUCCUGCAGUUUUUUUUCUGAGCUCCACUCGCUUUUAAGGAGCGUCAACGACGCGUCUGGUAUAUCCACGCUAAAAAUCUUGCCGUUGGACACAUCGGUGUGGAGAUAGGACCCAGGAGCUACGCUACUUCCACCAUGACUGAACGCUUCGACUGUUACUACUGCCGUGACAACCUGCAUGGGAAGAAGUAUAUUAAGAAGGAUGAGAAGCACGUGUGUACAAAGUGCUUCGACAAGCUCUGCGCCAACACCUGCGCAGAAUGCCGUCGCCCCAUUGGGGCUGAUGCCAAGGAGCUGAACCAUAAGAACCGCCACUGGCAUGAGGACUGCUUCCGCUGCGCCAAGUGCUACAAGCCCCUGGCCAACGAGCCCUUCAGCGCCAGGGACGACGGCAAGAUCAUGUGUGGCAAGUGUGGCUCCCGCGAGGAUGGCAACCGGUGCCAGGCCUGCUACAAGGUGGUCAUGCCAGGCACCCAGAACGUGGAGUAUAAGAAGAAGGUGUGGCAUGAGGAGUGCUUCACCUGCUUUGAGUGCAAGCAGCCAAUCCGCUCACAGAGCUUCUUGAACAAGGGCGAUGACAUCUACUGCGGCCCGUGCCACGACAAGAAGUUUGCCAAGAAAUGCUUCCACUGCAAGCAGCCCAUCACUUCAGGUGGUAUAAGCUACCAGGAUCAGCCAUGGCACUCUGAGUGCUUUGUGUGUCGUACCUGCCGUAAGAACCUGGCCGGAACCCGCUUCACCUCCCACGAAGAGCACGUCUACUGUGUGGACUGCUACAAGACCUCCGUUGCCAAGCAGUGCAACGGCUGCAAGAACCCCAUCACAGGGUUUGGCCAUGGGACCAACGUGGUGAACUACGAGGGUCACUCCUGGCACGAGUACUGCUUCAACUGCAAGAAAUGCUCCCUCUCCCUGGCCAACAAGCGCUUUGUCAUCAACGGAGAGAACAUCUACUGCCCUGACUGUGCUAAGAAGCUGUGAGCACAGCCAGCCAGGGGGCCAAAAAAGUUCUGUCAUUCAUGUUGGGGUGUUUUGACAGGGUCAGGAACAUAAAUUAGUGCCAACUAACUCAAGUUGAGAGGUCAAUCCAAGGGUUAAAACUAGAGAGAAAGGUCAAUUACCUGAGUGAAUUUGAACAGCAGCCGAAUAUGAAUCUUGUUCCAGUGUUUUGUCAUUGUUGAAUACUAACACACGCCAACUGGUUUGCUUUUGUGGGCCUGCGAUACACAAUACUAAACAAGCUUGAACACUGCAUAGCCAUAUUAGGGAAUGCUAUUUUCACUGCCUUACUGGAACAGUGCUUUGAUAAUACUAAUAUGGCAGUUACAUGCUUCCCAUUGCUUCUUGAAUUAUAUACUAGCUUUACUAAAUAAAUCGGUCAUGGCAUCUCUGAAGUGGUGUUUGCAGAGUGACGUAUGAGGGUUUCACAUAUAACGAACGCUUCUUGUAAUAAUCAGCAUGGACAAACUAGGUAUUCUGUAGGUAUCAAGUGGUGUUAUGAGAUGGUAAUCUAAUCAUGUACUCAUACUGUAACUUUCUGACAUGGAGUGAAAGUUUAGGAUGUGAAUGCACAUUAUGAUGGCUCAAUAAAGGCAAGUGAUAAAAAAAUUGAGUAUUUCCACCUGCUAGACAGAAAUAACAAAAGCCUACUUUUAUUUAACAAAACUUUAUUUUAACAGUUCAUAUCUUCUCAGAACACUUUAGAUAUAUUUACAAAUAUAAUUUGUGGACAUGGCUUGGGUUAGGGUCUGAAAAAGCUAUUGAUACUCGCAUUGUAGCCCUGGUCGGUUAGAAUGAUUGUCAUGGCCAAUGUAAGGACACGUGACACAUUUGAUUAGUUAUUAAUUACUAUAAAAUAAAAAUACAGCCUAUUCUCAAUCUAAGGCAUUCUAUUCUACCGUCAUAGCGACUGAAUCAUGAGGUCAAUUAAGAACAGUUAGCUCUGUAUUCAGGCCCACAGAUGCAGAAAGGGAUCGGAAUAAAACAAAACAGGACCUGGAACAUUUCUAGUAUUAAAGCAGCUGACAUGUAUUGGCCCGAUCUACAGUAUGUGACUGGAUGUGCCAGCGCCACUGCCAUUAGCUAAGCACAUGUAGACCUGACCAAGGAACAAGCGUUUCAUAUUGAACAAGUCUACAGCAAUCCCCUGCACUUUGAAUAGAUAAAAAGGUUAGUCAAGUCAAGGAAGUGAGUUUAUAAAAGGCCUGGAUGGGAGGAGACCGGAGAGGAUAGAGAAAACUUUAUCUUUCCAGAAUACCACACACAUCUCUCUAACAGGCCUAUACAGUAAAGUUACUUCUUGGUGACAAGUCAACCCCAUGUAAUUAAUUUCAGAAAGCUUUUCAAACCUUUCAAGAAGUGGAAAACCUCCCACAGUGCAAAGCGUCUUAUGUUGUGAUGAAUAAUAUAACUGUUUGCACAUGAAAACAAAAAAGGUUUCUCCUCAGAGAGAGAGAGAAGCAUGUUAAAUGAUUAAGGGCUUGUUUGUUUAGUUAAAGUUACAUUCUCAAAGCUAAGCUCAUGGGUCUAUGUCCAGACAUAAGGUAUGUAAAAUAUAAAGCUAUUUCAGAGAAA